AGCUCCGCCUCCUCGCAGGUGAUUGGCCGCCUGUGUGCUUUUCCUGAGCUACAGUUCUGGCGCCCAAUCACCAGUGAGGAGGCGGAGCCGAGUGGCAGGAGUGAGGGAGUGGCCGGAGUGAAUGAAGGAGCAGCGCUUCCUGGACUGGAUUGUUGUGGGACUAGGACCUGAGCCAGGUGUCAGUGGGGGGAAUAGUGCCCCAUCAUAGGUGUCAGUGGGGGGAAUAGUGCCCCAUCAUUGGUGUCAGUGAGAGGAAUAGUGCCCCAUCAUUGGUGUCAGUGGGAGGAAUAGUGCCCCAUCAUUGGUGUCAGUGGGAGGAAUAGUGCGUGCUCGCUCGCUCCCUCCCUCUCCCAUGGUACAGACAC